GUUAUACCGUGCAAGUGGCUGUAAACAACGGCUCGUUGGUUUUCUACUGUGGUCGUUGUCGAGCUCGUUUUCCGAACGCGACAUCGGUCUUCUAAUCUCAGCGCUCAGUGAUUCGAUUGAUCUCGUUGACAGUUCUGUAGCCAUUCCCGGAAUCAAAGACGAUGCCACCUAAGAGAAAGGCUGUCAUACUCCCUUCGAAUAACACCGUCCGUGACAUUUCAAAGAAAAGCUGGAAAAUCGGAAAGAGAAUCGGUAUUGGUGGAUUCGGUGAAGUUUUCGUGUGUCAGGAAGAUGUCGGGAAGGCGGUCAGUCCUUCCGCGUCGUAUGUGAUCAAGAUUGAGCCGUCGGGCAGUGGUCCUCUUUUCGUUGAGAUGCACUUCUACAUGAGGACAGCGAACAAAUCGAGCUUGGACGCUUGGAUAUCCCAAAAGAAGCUCGAUUAUCUCGGAAUGCCGACUCUGCACGCGAAAGGACAGUACGAAGUGGACGGGACGACUUAUCGCUACAUAAUCAUCGAUAGAUAUUCCAGUGAUCUCGAAGCGUACAUCAAGAACGGAAAACUGCCGCUGAAGACUGCUUACACGGUCGGGAUCAGAGUUCUGGAUGUUCUCGAGUACAUCCAUUCCAACGGUUACAUCCAUGCCGAUAUAAAGGCAUCAAACAUAAUGCUGGGUUUAACGGACAAGAAUAAAGUUUACAUUUGCGACUUCGGCCUCGCUUGCAAGUUCACCAGAGACGAAGUUCACAAGCAGGAGAAAGGAGACAAGAAAAAAAUGCACAACGGGACGAUAGAGUACACCUCGCGAGACGCUCACAAAGGCAUGGAUUCGCGUAGAGCCGAUAUCGAAAUACUCGGUUACAAUCUCCUGCAUUGGCUUUCCGGAAAACUCCCCUGGUUGGGUUUACUCAAUGAUUGCAAAGCCGUCGCGGAGUCAAAGGAGAAAUUCAUGGCCGACGUCACGGGUCUAGUGUCCGCUUGCUUCGGAAAAUCCGGAAACAAAGCCAUAGAGGCUUUUUUAAAAUCUGUGGCCAAAAUCGGCUUCCAAGACGAGCCGGAUUAUAAAGCUCUGCGAAAGAUUCUCGUCAAAGGACUCGAGGCUGCAGGCAAGAAGUUCGAUAGGAAACUGGACCUGUUCUCCGAUCGUAAACGACAAUCAGAUGAGACGUUGUUCUCAUCCGAAGAUAGCGAAGACGAGCCGCCGAAGAAGCCUCCUUUGAAGGGGUUGAAACAAGAAUCGAAGCGUAAGGCACCCGCGAAGAAGAAGACGAAAAUUCAGGAGUCAGACACAGAAACAGAAACGACUGAAUCGAUCUCGGUACAGGAAAAUCUCACCCCUGCCAUGAAACAUGUCCUAGAGUUGAAGAAGAAGCGCGAAGCUGAAAAGGAUGCGAAAAAAACCAAACGAGCUCCUCGAACGCGGCGGAAAUCUCCACGAAAGCCCUGAAGUGAUGUUCUCACGCUCAGUCAAUCAUCGAUCGGAUUCUCCGAAACAGGGCUCGCUGUCUCACAAUCCGCGCAUUUUGUUUGGAGUUGCGGAACCCGAUUAAGACGCAGACAGUUCUUCGGACCGAGUCGUAUCCUUUCACGAUCAGGAGCCAUUUGGGAGAAUUUGAAUUGCGAUUCCUUAUCCGAAGGCUUUUCGAGCCAGCUCCCUUGAGGAAGAUGGAGGUGCUCCCGAAGUACUCUUGUGCCUGGUGAAAUGAACAAGAAUAUCAAUCACGCAAUUAUCUCCCUGUAUAUAGAAAGAUAUCGA